AUGUUAAACGGGGACUUAAAUACAAGAACAUGGCUAGAGGAUGGUGAUUCUGCCACAUACAGCAGUUUUGUUGAUAGUAAGCCUUAUGGAGAUGAGUCUGUGCCAAAGAAAUUGGAGGUCCAAAAACGAGUCGGGAGCAGGUUACGGAAGUUGAAGAGUACCUAUAAAGGGACAAAGCUGAGUGAUGAGAAAAGUUUGGCAGGUAAAGGAAGGCUAUCACAGAUGGUAAAAUAGAUGUUUUACAGAACUAUUGUGGUCUGGCAGCAAGAGAGAAUUUGGAUGAUGUUGCUAAAAUGGCCAAGGCCAUGAAGGCAACUCUUUACCAUGUUGCGUCAUCUGAUGAGAAACCACAACAUCAUCUCUGCCCUGAUGGAGAGGACAGAGGACAGUUGGUGUGA